UAGCGCAUUCAGCUCGCCCCCCCCCGCGAAAUAUUAACUGAUCACCAGAGGGUUUCUAUGGUUUUCGUAAAUCCGCCACAUUGUGUGAACAAGGAAAAAAGGCUACACAAUCCUUUCUCGAGUAACAACUUGCUAAGAACCUACAAAGACUUGUAUCAAUCACCUAAUUGAGUCUUUAAUACAACGAAUAUUCAACAAUACGUUAACCAUUUUUGUGUUCUGUGCAAUUAUUUUACCUCCCGCCCUAGCUUAAACAAUGUCCAACGAAACCCCGGCCCCAGUGCAAGCUGAAGAAGUUCCAGCUACAAACCAAAUUCACAUCAGCAACCUCGAGUUCUCCGUCACAGAGGAUGAACUGAAGGAGCUAUUCAACGAAUACUCUGUCAAGUCUGUGAAGCUCCCAAAGAGAAGAUACAAACAGAAGAACGGGAAGCAAUUCUUGUCGUCACUAGGCUAUGGGUUUGUCACGUUUGGAGACGAACAGAGCUUGGAGCCUGUCAUCGAGAAGUUUAACGACUUCGAUUUGAAAGGUCGUAAGAUCAGCGUGAACGUUGCAAACCACAAGCCUAAACCGAAGAAGCCAGAGACACCUGCAAAGGUUGAAACCAACGGCUCAGUAGCUGAAGCUAACGGAGAUGAAUCUGAGCUGAAAAAGUCCAAGGCUGCAAAGAAAAAAUCCGCAAAGAAGGAGAGAAUCCCAUUCGAAGAGGGAACAAAGUCUCUUGAUACGAUUUAUCUGAGAAACUUGGAUUUCAAGGCACAGAGCUCUGACAUCAACGAGGCGCUCAUUUCCAAAGGUGAGAAUCCUCAAUGGAUCUCUGUUCCUUUGCGCAGAUUACCAAAGCGCCUAGUUGAGAAGCUCGCCGCUGAUGGGAAAACCCCGGAGCAGAACAACAAGGGCUAUGCCUUUGUUAAGCUCGAGCUGAAGGAUGGUGCAACCAUUGAUGAAAAAGUGGAAAAGUUACAAGAUUUGGAGCUGAACGGUCGUCCAAUCCAAGUCAGAGUGGCUAUAGAUGUGAGACCGAGGGAGCAAGCCAAGGAGGAAUCCAACGAUGCGGAACCAGAGGCAGAGGCUGCGGUGGAAGUCGGUGAGGAGAAUGCAAACUGAUUGGCUGAGAACAUAUACACAUGUUGUGUCUCCGAUAUAUGAUCCUAACAAGUAAUUAUUUAGUUGAACUAUAAAUUACACCAUUGCAUACAACACGCUCUCGUAACUUUACAGCGUAUCAGCUCGGGCCUGUUGCAUGUGUCAUGACACCUGCUACGAGAACGUCGGCGGCGAGAACAAUGGCACAAGCGUGAAGAGCACAUAAGUAAGCUUAUAUAGGCCAUUGGCUCGGUGCUUUCGCUGCGAUCUGCACGCCAGCUUCCCCAUGAGCCAGCGUGCCCGAGGAGAUGGCUCUUCGAGGCUUUGAGCACUAACAUCACAACUCCGCCCCCCCCCCCCCUUCGUUUUUCUUGCCCAUUAGAGCC